AUGUCUUUUAGGAGUUUUACGUUUUCUACUGGGGUUUCAUCCGACAAAGACCGAGCAAGAUCAAUCCUUAACAAGCUAUAUCCAGGCAUUAGAGAAGUUAAAACUCCAUUAGGGACAGAAACGCUUACAAUUGCAACUCAAAAUGAGAUAAUGUCAGUGUACGGGUCUCCACGAUAUUAUGCAACUAUAUCAGUACUAGAAGAUGUUGACUCUAUGAAAUUAGAUAGAAUUCCUUUUCCUUCAAUACAUCAAAUCGCAUCCUUGUGUUUUAAUAGGGUUUAUGCAUUAAUAGUCGGUUUCACACAACAAGAAUCAUUAGAACUUGCAAAAUAUAUCGUCCUUCUCGGUGGGAAAUUCACUCCUCAUUUCAAUUCUGAUAUAACAGUUGCCAUUUCUCCUACAUUUCUAUCUUCCCGCAUCAACCAAGUUACAGAGAUUAAUAUUCCAGUAGUUACAAGCCAAUGGGUCAAAAAAUCUUUUGAAUCAUUAACUUGUUUUGAGCCAAACAGUUGUUUACUGCCACCAUUCUCAGGAUUACAGUUCACAUCUACCGAUUUGACACCAAGUGAACACAAAAGAAUCAGAAAUCUUGUAGAACAAAACGGCGGAUUUUGGAGUGAUCUUUAUAACGAGAAAACAUCAAUAGUUAUAUCACAUUCAUUGUGUACAUCACGAAAAAUCGAGCUUGCUCUCAAAGAAAACGUUCCAAUCAUCAAACCAUCGUGGAUUUACGAUUGUUCAUCUAAAUUCGUUCCACAUCAGAAGUAUUUAAUCAACUGGUGGUGCGAAUCGACCAACAAGAGUGAUCUCUUUGCUGGAAUGUCGUUUUCUAUCCAUUGCGACGUUAAUAAUUUGGAUGUUUUAACAGAGAUCAUUAAAAUGAAUGGAGGAGAGAUGAAAGAAGAUGCAAGUCAUUAUAUUGUACCUUACGACUUCAAAGGAACAGGAAAUUUUGUAACUCCGAGGUAUAUCUACGAUUGUGUCACAGAGAAAGAGCUUCUUGAUACAAAAUCCAAUGUUCUUUAUACACCACUAGGUUAUAACCUGCCUCUUGAUGAUUGUAAGAACAAAAUUUUUUCAUUAUUGGAUUUACCGGAGACAACAAGACAAUUUGUCGCAGAAGGUGUUCGAAUUAUAGGUGGGAAAGUCAUUUACAAGGAAUCUAGGAACUCAGAUUUCUUUGUAACAACAAAAUCUUUCAAUGACAAGUGCGUUUCAUCGUAUUUCGUCAUUGAUAUCCUUGAAAAAGGAAAGAUUCCUAACAUGAAAUGCUUCCCAGCCCUUCCUCAGACCCCUCUUUUGAAGAAAAUCUGCAUGGAUAUCAUUAGACAACCGAAACAGAACAUGCAGAGCCCCGCAACAGCAGUUCCUAUCGAAAGUGUUGAUGAUUUCACCCAGAAAGUUUCUGCAACUUACUCACAAGAUAUUAUUGAAUAUGAUCUUGUGAUUUCACAGUCACAGUUCGUCAGCAAUAGCAAAGGACAAAAUGAUCCUUUGAUGCUGAUGCUGAACGACGAAAGAUAA